GCGGGCUGUGCCGGGCGAGCGGCUGCGGCGGAGCAGCGCGGGGUGUCGGGGAACGCAGCUGCCCGCUGGGGCCAGGACAGCGAUGGCGAAGGGGCCGGGCCGGAAGGACCAGGACGGGACUUACGGUUAGACCAGUUCAGCCAGAGAGGAAGAGGGGCCCCGGGAGCUCGACUGGGCAACUGAUCCCCGACUGCCUGGGGGAGUCGAAAGGAAGCGAGCUGAGCUCCUGCAGCGAGGUGCUGGCAUGGCGGGAGAUGAAGAGAAUUAUUAUGGCAAACACGGGACGCCACAGAAAUAUGACCCAUCAUUCAAAGGUCCCAUUCAUGACAGGAGCUGCACUGACAUCGUCUGCUGUAUCCUCCUCGUCAUUGCCACUGUUGGCUAUGUCGUUGUGGGAAUCGUAGCAUGGACACACGGUGACCCCAGGAAGGUGAUUUACCCCACAGACAGUCGUGGGCAGUUCUGUGGCCAGCUGGGAACUCCCAAUGAGAACAAGCCUUUCCUGUUUUACUUCAACAUCCUAAAGUGCGCCAGCCCCUUGGUGUUGCUGGAGUUCCAGUGUCCGACCAAACAGAUCUGUGUGAAUAAGUGCCCAGAGCAGUAUCUCACGUACCUGAAUGCCAGGAAAGAAACCAAAGACUUUGAGUACUACAAGCAGUUCUGCGUCCCAGGAUUUGACAAUCCGCAGAAGAGCCUCCCAAAAGUGCUGAAGGAUGGAGACUGUCCGUCCAUGAUCACUCCCAGCAAACCCUUGGCGCACAGGUGUUUACCAGCAAUCAACACCAAGAAAGGGGUCAUCAUGGUUGGGAACGACACGACCUUUGACGAUGGACUGGGACAACGAAGGAGUGUGACAGAGCUGGUGGAGGGGGCCAAAAAAGCAAACAUGGUUCUGGAAGCAAGACAACUGGCCAUGAAGAUCUUUGAAGAUUACACAGUUUCCUGGCACUGGAUAAUAAUAGGUCUCGUGAUUGCCAUGGUGUUCAGCUUCAUCUUCGUUGUCCUGCUUCGCUUCCUUGCUGGGAUCAUGAUCUGGGUUAUGAUUGUGCUGGUGAUCUUGGUGCUCGGAUAUGGAAUUAUCCACUGUUCCCUGGAAUAUGUCCGUCUAAAAGGAGAAGCAGGCUCUGAUGUUACCCUGAAGGACCUGGGAUUCCAGACGGAUCUGCGUGUCUAUCUCCACCUGAGGCAAACGUGGUUGGCCUUCAUAAUUAUCCUGUGCAUCAUAGAGGUGAUCAUCAUUCUGUUACUCAUCUUCCUCCGCAAGAGGAUCCUCAUUGCCAUUGCGCUCAUCAAGGAAGCCAGCAGGGCUGUUGGUCACAUCAUGACGUCGCUGGUGUUUCCUCUGUGCACCUUCUUCCUGGUGUGUCUCUGCAUUGCUUACUGGGCCAGCACCGCUGUUUUCUUAUCUACUUCUAAUGAGGCUGUCUACAAGGUGUUUAACGAAACGUCUAAAUGUGAUUAUGCUGGGCAGACCUGCAUACCAGAGACAUUCAAUAUGACCAACAUCACCAAGCAGUGCCCAGAAGCCCGCUGCCUCUUUGCAUUCUAUGGGGGAGAGACGGCCUACCACAAAUACCUCAUCAUCUUCCAGAUCUAUAAUGCCUUUAUGUUCUUCUGGCUGGCCAACUUUGUGAUUGCGCUGGGCCAGGUCACGCUAGCCGGAGCCUUUGCUUCCUAUUAUUGGGCCUUCAAGAAACCCGAUGACAUGCCGGCUUUCCCCCUCUUCUCCUCCUUCGGCCGGGCACUCAGGUAUCACACUGGCUCGUUGGCCUUUGGGUCUCUGAUUCUUGCCAUUGUCCAGAUCAUCAGGGUCCUUCUGGAGUAUCUGGAUCACAGGCUGAAAGCUGCUGAGAAUAAGUUUGCCAAGUUCCUGCUGACCUGUCUCAAAUGCUGCUUCUGGUGCCUGGAAAAAUUUAUCAAGUUCCUGAACAGGAAUGCAUACAUCAUGAUUGCCAUCUAUGGCACCAACUUCUGCACUUCAGCCAAGAAUGCAUUCUUCCUGCUCAUGAGGAACAUUAUCAGGGUGGCUGUUUUAGAUAAAGUCACAGAUUUUCUGCUCUUCCUUGGUAAACUCCUCAUCGUGGGAAGUGUUGGAAUCCUCGCCUUUUUCUUCUUCUCCCAGCGGAUAGAUGUGGUUCAGGACAGUGCACCUACUCUCAAUUACUAUUGGGUCCCUAUCCUGACGGUGAUCGUGGGCUCCUAUCUCAUUGCACAUGGAUUCUUCAGCGUCUAUGCCAUGUGUGUGGACACCCUCUUCCUUUGCUUCUGUGAAGACCUGGAGAGGAAUGAUGGAUCUCCUGAGCGACCUUACUACAUGUCCCCAGAGCUGAGUGAAAUCCUGCUGAAGGGGAGCCUAGAAUCAUCCAAAAGUGCUGAUAGCUCGGCUCUCUGAGCAGGGAGGGCUAGCACAUGUGGGUGUCUUGUAGAAGACUUGUGCUCACCCAGCCAAUCUGUAAUUGUGUGGCAUUCUUCCAAGGCUCCACCCUGGUGGUGCAUGAUUUUCAGCUGCUUGUCUUUGGAAUUCUUGAGGGUAGACGGGGGUGUUGAUUUUGGAAGGACAGUGCAAGUGGGUGAAUGCUGUAUCAAAUCCAUGUUCCUUCCCCCAACUAAUAUUCUUGUACCAAAAUGGGUGGAACUGUAAUUGGGACUCUUGUGCGUUUGACAUAAUCAUCUCCUAGAAUGAAGCUCGAGUCCCACCUGUCCAUUGAUGCAUGAUAGGUUAGCAAAAUGUUACCUAAGCAACAAGACUCUGCCUCCACAGAAGCCAAAGUUGGGUUUAUAGAGACCCAGGAUAGCGUAUAUCUCACUCAUUAAAAAAAUUACCUUGCAUCCUCCUCUACUCUCAAUUGCCCAUAAUGAAAGGGGCAUUAUAGCUACUUCUGGAAUGUCCCUUAAAAGUUGACUGAUUUUUGCUCUGUCCUGUUCUAUGCUCUAUUUGUGGGGGAGCCAUUUCUCUUUACAGUUGGUGAGAUGCUAAUUUGUAGAAUGAUCAAGAGGUUUACAGCUGCCCGUAUGUCAAUCUGUUCUGGAUGCAACUAUAUUUUCCUCUUUAUUGCUCAGCCCCAAGCUAGCUGCAAAGAGAAAUUAACCACUUUUCUCACUACUAUUUCUAUGCAAAGUGGAGCUGGCAGAUCUGAAGUUUUCUUUACUAGGUGGCAUAUGCUUCACUUUCAAAUCUGUUGUUGUGUCCAUGAGGGUCCUGGAAACCUUUGUGUCCCAAAAUGGAAUUCUCUCUGUUUAAAGUAGGAAACUUGUAGUUGCUGUUUUCUCACACUGACUCUUCAGAGAGGUUAUUUUUGGGGAAUGAACAAGUUGGCAGGAAUUUUUUUUAAUAUAAUUUUUUUAAAGUCGAAAAAUCUAAUUGAUCUUUUCACUCGUAUGUACAGCUUGACUUGUAUAGAAUUCUUUCAGUCUGUCUCCCACUUCCUGGUUGGCUACUCGCUUAACUAGUAACUAAAUGGAAGAUGGCGGAUCUUUGUGGUAACCGACUUACAGAACUCUGCUCAUUCCUGAGGUAGUUCAGAUGAUGUUUGUCCCAUUUUUCCAUGAGAAAGAUAGAUGGAGGGGGUAAAGCAGCUUUCCAGGGUUAUAGCCUCCAGGUGUUUCAAAUAAGAUCCUGGCACCUUCUUAGCUCACAGCCCAGCACAGUCAGGACAGUUGGGUAGAAAAUAACUGAAGCUGAGCUACACAGAACAGAAAGGGACUCCUUAAAUAGCUACUAUGAUUUCCCUUUAGCCACUAGACCAUCCAUCAAGUCUAGAUGCCACAAGAAUCUGUGAUUAUGUACCCAGUGUUAAUGACUGGAAGAGCAAGAGAAAAUGGCAGAUAUUACAUUUGGAAGGUGUUGCAGCAUGAUGGUGGACAGAAAUAGUACAACUGAAUCUAGAGAGAUUUGACGGAUGGCCAGUUUUUAAAGUUUUCGGCAUCUAAAACAUAUGCCCGCAAACACCCGAUGGAUCUUCCUUAUUUUCUCCUUACUAUAUCAAGGACCAGAAGGAUGUUGUGUGGGGUUUGUUGUCUUAUUUUGAUUGAUUGAUUUAGGAAGGGUCUCUUCCUUGAGGACUCAAUUCUGCAAACAUUGCCAAAUCUUGCAUUACAAAUUCCCAUCCAAACAAGGUUCCCAUAUUUUGAGUCUUAUCCUUUUAGGAAAAAGUUGCUGGGUUUUGAUGCUCGUGCCCUCAUCACUAUGCCAUCAACCUCAAAAUAUUCCAGGACUGUUUCACUAAGCUAUGAAGCUGAUGGUCUCUGUGAUUUUUGGCUGUUAGUCUCCUAUGGCUUUUGCUGGAGCUGCUGCUCUGCUUUGAACGGCUAGCGUCUGAACAAUAUAUUCUGUGCCAGGGACAUGCCUAAUUAUUAUGUAGGUAAAAGCAGCAGAGAGUCCUGUGGCACCUUAUAGACUAACAGGCGUUUUGGAGCAUGAGCUUUCGUGGGUGAAUACCCACUUCGUCGGAUGCAUAUUAUCUAUGUACUGUAUGUUGACAAGGGUGUUGUACACUAGGUGAACUGUGCCAAACAAAUAACAAGUGACUUGCUUUACAAUCAAGUCAUGAGCAGUUACGCUAUACUGAAGAACAAUGAAUGAGCACUGUCUUGCCACACUAUCCCGAAGUAAUGGUAAUCUCUGUAUUUCCAGGCAAUGGUAGUAUUGAGGAACCUGUUCUGUUCAUAUAGGAGGAGCCACUGUCUUAGCUGAUUUGUAACCUCACACUUUAGACCCCCUGCUCCUUCCAAAUAGAUGUUGAUAAACAGCCUCCCUUCAGGAGUCCAAUACUCUGUCUUUAAAAUGGGAGUGGUACAAGUGUAAUUGUGACUUUUACAUUUGGAAGCUGCAUAUAUCAAGGGUUUUAGAAGAAAGACAGAAUACACAUACAUGCACUGCCUGUGAGAAGCAGAAGGGCAUCCACAUCUCAACUAGGUAUUUAACGGAUGAGUAUUACAUCUGUUCUUUUAGCACUUGUCUGUCUCUAGACUUCUUAACUGCACCUUCCAUCACAGGGACCACAGCAACUUUCCCCAGCAUUCAACUCAGUCUGAAUCAUGAAAAGUUUGGGCAUGCAGAUGUGAGAGCACCUGCUGUUUAAAUGGCACUGAAAACAAAUUUAUUCCUACGGGGCUUGGCAAGCCCAGUAACUGGUUCUAGUCUGAGGUGUUUACAACCCUGCAGUACUUAAGCUCUGAAUUUUAACCCCCCCCUCCCUCCUGCAGUGGAAGACCUGGAACGUAAUGAUGGUUCAUCUGAAAAGCCUUACUUCAUGUCGUCUGACCUGAAAAAACUUCUGAACAAGACAAACAAAGGUCACUUGGAUGCAUAGCAGCCUCCUCUUUCCUCACUGCUCUCUUCACUUCUAUUUGUCCCUUCCCAGUUUCCAUUUCAGGAGCAACGCUGCAUGGAUAACAUACAGCAUUAAGUGCUCUUAGUCCAAUAUUCAAACCUUGUUAGUACAUUGUGAACUGCAGUAUCCUUUACUCAAAUUACCAUGGACGGCUUUGGCUGUCAGCCUCUGCAUUGGCCACAAGCUUGGCCAGAGCAGUGGAAAUUGUUUCUGGAGAGCAUUUUGCUGGAUUUUCCUUCCUCAGAUCGAGAGAAGGGAUUAGUGUCAAUAGUUCUAUGUAAGAUUGUUAGGCAAUGCUAACUAAAAACUGAGCCCACUGCCCUAGUAGACAGGUAUUCAGUACUGCAGAACCCAACGCUACUGGGACUUUGUUGGUCUCAGGAGAGAGAUGAAGAAGUGAAUUGGUCAGUUUACAGCUGAGGCCCACUGAUGAAAGGUUAACUUGCCCUGCCUUUGUCCAUCUCCAUCUAUUCUAGAGACUGAAUUCAGUCUACAGGUGUGAAGCCAGCACCAAUCACAGAUUCACAGACACCAAAUGAAUUUUAAAAUAAAACUACUAAAUCUGUCACACCAGUAAAACUAUAUGAUUACCUCCUCCAUUAACUUGCUAGAACAUCACUAACCUACUUGACUGCACUCAGAUACUACCAUGCUGGACACAUUAAGUACCUGAACUGAUUGAGGAAUGCACCCAUUAAUGCCUCGUCUUCAUGGACGAUGGCAGGGACAGAAGAGAAAUCUGCAGUGUUAAUCAAGCUGUAGAACUUGAACAGCAGAGGAAAUGCAAAAUACUCAGAGAAGCACUUGGUAGGGAGCGUGCAUGUCUGGAUAGUCAUUAGUAUUACUGAUGAAAACUCUAUGUAUUUGUUUUGUCUCUAGUGAGAUUGACAGCCCAGGAGUGUGCUGCUUCUGUACCUUUAACUUGUUUGGUUUAUUGGAAAAAUCCAGCAUUAUAUGCAAAAACCCAUUUGAAUGCAUGGGAAAGAAAGGAUGCUUACUGUUGCUUUAUAUAUAUGUGUAUAUAUAAAAAAGAGUUGGCUAAUGUAAAAGUAUUGUUAACUGUGGUAAAAGAAACCAAAGGGUCAAACAAACAAACUUGCCUCACAGUUUUGAAAGCCACUGUAUUCUGUGAACUCUACCAUCUGAUGGGUGCGCCUGCUGGGAAGUUCCAGUCCAAGGGAAGCUUCCACCUAGAGAAACACCAGCAAUGUGUGUGAGAGAAAAAGUGAGACCGGAAUGCCACAAAGCCCAGUGUUGCAAAUUAAGUUAUCAGGCAUGUUAAGAAUCACUGUAGUUUCCUUUAAAUGGUCGUCAUCUCUGACUGUGUCCAAUGUUGGCAAAACUGGUAAUGUACCGCAGAGUAGACAGGACUCCGUUUGUUUUUUUUUACCAGUGAGCAGGGCUGGCCAAGAUGGUGGGGAAAAAGGACAGGUCUCGGGCCGCACUAGGGCAUCCACCGUUGCUACUGCUAGCUGUAAAUUACAGGUUCUGUUUUCACUAGUUUAGAUGGGGCCUUCUUGGGGAUAGGAAAGGUGGCCAACCUCAUGACUUCAUUUAUUAUUUGUAAUCUGCUUAAACAAAUUGCAGUGGGGCUAUUUGGAUGGUUUACAGCUUCUAAAUGAUGCAGGAGCACAGAGGUGCAAAGAGGCAUUGUGAGGUUAUCUGGACUCUCUCUUUAUUUUUUAAACAAAAAGGAAUUCUUUAUUUCAAAUAUUUUAAUUUGGCUAGUUAAUUGUAACAUUUAAUUUGUGCUAAAGGUUAUAUUUUACUUUUUUAUACCUAUUUCUAGUAACCUUUUGAUCCUGUAGUAUUUUUUGUAAGAUAUGAGAAUUGUUUUAUAUCUAAAAUAUUAAAGGGUUUUUUGGUUUUGUA